UAGAACGAAAUGAAAGAAACGAGAUCGGUCUGAAUGCAUCCUGGAAAAAAGUUAGUGACGCGAUCGCCAUCGGACGGAUAAUGCGCGAAAUGCCGGUUCGUACGGUUUCCGAGAAGAUGUCGCGGUAAAGUCGCGUGCACCCACUGUUGCAUAAUCCAUUCCAUCACGUAUCUGGACAUCGCUAUUCCUGGUAAAACUUCCCGCACGAUCACUCGCCUUAUCGCCGCCUUUCAACAUUACCGUCAGUUACUGUGUCGAAAAGGACGCUCAUAUGAGGACGUGGCGGCCACCGAGAGACAUCUUCGACUUCGACAUCAAUGAAUCGCGGAGGGAACAGCAACGGGCGAGAGGGGUGACGAACUGUGCACAGUGUGCCGUGGCAAUGUUUCACGUCGUCCACGGUUGAUUUAAACUACAACUUACGUGUGCGUGUGUGUUGUGUGUGUGCAUGUGUGCAGGAGUUUUGCCGAGAAAAGAGGGCCUCCCCGCAUACGUUUGCGGGACAAGAGUAACAAAGAAAAAAAUAAUAAACGCGACGUAGUGGCAAUCAGCUGAACUACACGUCUUGUGCAACGUACGAUCGGUAGUAUAGUAAGGAUCGCGGGGGGUUAAAGAAACGAUCGUGGCCACAGACAACUAUUAUGGCUGCCGAGAGCGUUUGAGGUGCCGGCCUGCAGCCGGUUGGUGAUCCGUUUUCUCUCGACGACGACGACCAAAGCGCCAAAGUGGCCGACCAAAGGAAGUCGCGUAAAAAGCAAAACAUGCUGAAAUUUCUAACGCACAAGCUAAGGACGCAUUCGAUUAACGAAGACCACAGAUAUGUGGAAAAGGUAGAAGACGAUGACCACGAUUCGGGUACCGAGUCCGACGAAGAGCUCGAGCCGGCGGCGACGUCGCCGGAUCGGCUAUGCAGUGUGUCGCCCGCAGACACCGGCUGCUCGAUGGAGAGCCCAGCCCCUGAUCAACACGAUCCUCACUCCUCAGAGGAGGAGCUCGAAGUGAUUAACGGUAACACCCAGGCCCAGGCCCAGCGGACGGUCAGACCGUUGCGAGCGGCCUCUGUGUGUCUGCCGGAGAAGAGGAAAUGGUCUCAAGUCGGCGACCACCACAGGUUUAGUCCAGAAAACGAAGAGAACAUGUCGCACUACAGCAACCUGAGCCCCACUUCCUCGUCCUCGCCUUACCUGAGGACCUACGGCGACGAAGGUCACGUGAUAGAACAUUCCGGAUCGUCUGAUGACGAGGUUCACAACCUGUUGGGGUGCAGCGCUACGCCGGUGAGGUUCCGCACGUCGCCGCCCUUGGAGGCGGUCAAACCGGGCAGGAGAGCAGCGGUGGGCGUAAAGGGGAUGUCGAUAAGUCCACCUUCGAAGCUGCUCCACUACGAGGUGUCCCCUAGGAAACGGUCGAGACACGCUCGAAGCUCCCACCUCCAAAGACCGUACUUGGACUUUGAGAAGAUGCAGCAGCUCAAAGCCAGAUCGGUAACGUCGUGGAGACCCGGCGGAGAGCACGUCGGCGAACUGUCGGUCUUCUGCUGGUGAAACGAACCGCGGGGAUCGUCUCCUGGAGGACGUCCCCGUAGCGAACCGAACGCCACGGCGCCCGACGACGAUGGCGAAGACGCCCGGCGUCCGGAUUCCGAACCGGCGCGCGGCGAUGACGGCGGCGGCUAAUAAAACCGCCCCCUCCGUCGUUAUUAAAAAAAAAAAGAAAACAAAACCAUUUUUUCGUUUGCCGUUGCUAGUGUUUUGUUUUUUUCUCGUUUUUUUGUGAUAUAAUGUUAAAGUGUGGGAGGAGAGGGGAGAGAAUGUGUGUGGCACGGGGAACAGUUGUCGCGUGUUCAGGUAGCGUUUUCGAUCGAUUCGGGAGGUGCUUGAAUCUAAUUCGGGGUGAUCUCAGAAAUAUUCAUUCGAGUUCGGCGGGGAGGGAGAUUUUUCGCGUCACUGAUGAAAAAGUCGCGGACGCUAUUGGACCGUAACACAUUCUUCGGGAAACCGCUGGAAAAGUUGUUAUAUUCCCAAAAGUAUAUCUCCACAGAAAAAGCUAAAAAAUAAAGAUGAAAUAAUGAAGAUUCAGAGAAUUGAAUUAAAAAAUAUGGGAUAUGGUGCCUCAUAGGUAUAUUGAUUUUAGUCGACCAUUCAAUUGAGCUAAUGAAUUUUUGAAAUUGUUUAGCAAUUGAGGUUAAGCGGCACAUCUCACAACUUACGAAUAUCUAAGGUGAAGUAUAUGAAAGGGAUAACACUAAUAAAAUAGAAUGUUUUUUUUUUAAAUAGUACAGACAUCGAUCGAGAACGCGACUGGUAAAAACGUAUGACCGGGUCGGUGCCCGGGCGAGGGGUGGGGUCUUAAACAUUUCGCUCACGCAUUUUUUAACGAAGUGACCUUAGCAGUUACGAGUAUAUUUAAAAUAUAAGCCGUCGACCAAAAAUACGCGAACAUUUGGGCGCCGACCCCGGUACAACGAUGACGCGUUAUAUUUUUCGACCGACCCCUGUAUAUAGAACUGUAGAUAAACGGAAAAGAUAUUAAUAGUUUUCGGCCCGUUCGACGGACGGGCACGGAGGAGAAAUGGAAGAAA